AUGUUCAAUAGUUGUCCAGGAUAUUUAGACGAUUCAGGCGUCUGGAAUAAUGGUUUCAGUUGUCAACCAAUUAAUAAUCGAGUUCGUGUUUGUUGUGGUCCAGAAAAUCGACGAGAAUGUUGUUUUGUUGAUCAGCUUUCUCAUCGAUCCGAUUUAUCUUUUGAUUCAGAUCUUUCAUCAUCAUUAAAUAAAAAUGAAUCUCCUUUUGGCAUAACACCUUCUUCUUAUACAUUUAUUCUUAUUGCUAUUGGACUCACCUUGGUCCUACUUAUCGUAUUACUUAUCACAUUUAUCUAUGUUGUUCGUCGUAAAUUAAAUGGAUCAUCAUCAUCGUCAUCUUCAUGUUCGUCAGAUACAUCUUCAAUUAACAAACAUUGUCGUCGUUUAUCAGUUACUGUGGCUAGUUCAUCUAAAAGUAAUGCAAGUAGUCCUGUUCCAAGUUCAUAUGUUGAUUAUUGGUCACGUACAAUUAUUUCACCAUCUGAGUGGACACUAUCAAAACCUUAUAAUUCAUUUGUAGGAGGACAGCCUAGUAACAAUCAUAAUUAUUAUAUUGACUAG